GCACCAGGGAGGACCCAGAUCCGCCGCCUCCUUUUAAACCUUCCUUAAACCGUUUUCAACCUUCUCUUUCUGUCUCUCUAGCUUCUCCCCUGGUCUUGCUCUCUCUCAAAACAUCUCUCUCUCUCUCUCUCUCUCGCGUACACGCGCAUCAUAAACCUCAGGACAGAGAAAAAGGAGGAGAGAGAAGCAAGACAAGAGAGCAUGGCGCAGUCAACGAACGGCGGUGAUUUGAACACGCAGCAGCAACAGCAGCAAUGGAUGCAAUCGCAGCAGCAACAGCAGCAGCAGUGGAUGGCCAUGCAAUACCCGGCGGCGGCCAUGGCGCUUAUGCAGCAACAGCAGAUGAUGAUGUACAAUUACUUGCCUUACGCCUCUCCUCCUCCUCAUCAUUAUCAGCAGCAACAAGCUCAGAUGCAGCAUCAGCAUCACAAGCAUCUGGGUUCCCCGGACGAGGUCAAGACCAUUUGGAUCGGUGACCUCCACCAUUGGAUGGACGAAGCUUACGUCCACAAUUGCUUUGGUCACACUGGCGAGGUAUUCUCUGUAAAGGUCAUACGCAAUAAGCAGACUGGUCAAUCCGAGGGCUAUGGCUUUGUUGAGUUCUAUUCUCAUGCAACUGCCGAGAAAUUUUUGCAGACCUAUAAUGGUGCAAUGAUGCCAAAUACGGAGCAGCCAUUCCGUCUAAAUUGGGCGACCUUUAGUGCGGGAGAUAAGCGAUCAGAUGCUGGUUCUGAUCUAUCCCUAUUUGUUGGGGAUUUGGCAGCAGAGGUAACAGAUGCCAUGUUGCAGGAAACCUUUGCUACUAGAUAUCCAUCUGUUAAAGGAGCGAAGGUGGUAAUUGAUUCAAAUACUGGUCGUUCAAAAGGUUAUGGAUUUGUUAGGUUUGGUGAUGAAAAUGAGAGGUCAAGGGCUAUUACUGAAAUGAACGGCAUGUAUUGUUCAAGUAGGCCCAUGCGCUUAGGUGUUGCGACCCCCAAAAAAUCAUCUGGACAUCAACAACAGUACUCCUCACAAGCCUUGGUGUUAGCUGGUGGGCAAGCAUCAAAUGGUGUCACACAAGGUUCUCAAUCUGAUGGCGAGUCAAAUAACACAACUAUCUUUGUUGGAGGGCUAGACUCUGAUGUCACUGACGAAGAUCUUCGGCAGCCAUUUUCCCAGUUUGGCGAGAUUGUCUCUGUGAAAAUACCAGUUGGAAAGGGAUGUGGAUUUGUGCAGUUUUCCAAUAGAAAGAAUGCUGAGGAUGCCAUGCAAAGUUUGAGUGGAACAGUCAUUGGCAAGCAAACGGUUCGUCUUUCUUGGGGCCGCAGUCCAGCAAGCAAGCAGUGGAGAGCAGAUCCCAGUAACCAGUGGAAUGGGGGUCACAGCAGAGGGCAAAGCUAUGGUGGCUAUGGAUAUGUUGUGCCACAGACUCAGGGUCUGGGGAUGUAUGCUACAGCUGCAAUUCAUGGAGCCUCCUAACGAGGGUGAAGCUAUCACAAAAUCGCAAGUAUUCUGAAUUUAUGGGAGUUUGCUGUAUUAAUUUAGUUAUCAAGGACAUGAUUGAAGUAGGAUGGCUUUAGGCAGCUGCACUUCCUGUAGCUGGAUUAAAUUUUGAUAUCUUGGCCAUGUUUUUUUUAUCAUUUAAGAUUGUAUUACUACUUCAUUU